CCUAUGGCAUCGAUGUACUGCAAGCUAAUUUUUGAGUGACCGAUAAGGUUUGAUUUACAAAUGAUAUCCAAGAUUCUAACAUGAUGCUGCGGGAAGUAACAAUAAAUACUCACCAAUGCCCUUGAUGUUAUUCUAGCAAGCUUACUGCUCCCUCCCUGUCUUCGUCCAUUCCAACUUGACAUGACCUCCCCAUAUGAGAUUGCACUGCGUCUUCAGACUGUCAAACCUCACUUGGGGGAGGAAGUGGGAUUUUAUUCGGAUCCUUUUUGUGGUGGCUCGAUACACACCUUUUGUUGACGUCCCAGUAGACUUGAUUUAUUCCCUUGGACCCACAUCAUCACAUGUUUGCUUAUCGCUCUACCAAGUCAUCUCGUGGUUUAACGUGUUUGGCACCAUCGCUGCAGAAUCGCUCCUUCUUGUUAGGACAUACACGUUAUGGGGAAAAAACAGAGUGUUGCUUAUUUCCCUACUACUUCUUGCGCUGGGCUGCAUCGCAGGGUCUGCGGUGGUCGGUGCCGAGGCUUUAUCCUGGUUCAAUUACCAAGAUCCCCCACUAGGAACGGCUGGUUGUUAUCAAACCCAAAGAAUUGCUAUAUACGCAGUUAACUAUGCACUACUGGUUCUUUUUGAGACAGGUCAAUUUUGUUUUUUGUGGAGUUACUGAAGCCAACUCUACACAGUCAUAUUAUGCCUCAAUGUUUUUCAAGCCUGGCGUCGCCGAAAACAACAGUCGAACCAUCUCAUUGUGCGUCUGUACUGGGAUGGUAUAUUUUAUAUUCUAUGUAUACUAGCAAUGUCAUUGGCCAAUAUCAUAGU